AUGCCUGCAAGAAAAAAAGCCACGCCCGACCCGCCUAUAGACAAGGAUGGGUCGCCCGUACAUGUAGAUUUGGAAUGGUCCGCUUUGCAGGACGAGAUUUGCUCGUCCAUCCCGCCCGUCUUUACCCGAGACGGCAGCUACGCAUUCUUGGUGCGCCAAGCGAGCGUCCUAAUUCUCUCGCGCGCGACGAACAAAAUCGUCUCGAGUCUUUCGGGCGAAAGCACAGAUGUUGACCAGCGGCAUACCCUGCCCAUUACAGGCAUGCUUCUGAGCCCUUUUAACCCACUCCAGCUGAUCACGACGUCGCUCGAUGGAUGCGUCAAGACGUGGGAUUACCUCGACGCGGAGCUGCACGACAGUGUACAGAUUGGCCAUCCCAUAUGUGCCGUGAGUGCCAACACGCUGUGGAAGCAUCGCCUUUUUCUUGCAGCGACGAAACGCGGCGCGGACGACGAGGGCAAGCCGAGCACCACCAUCUACUCGGUCCAGCUCGGACGUGCGAGUCCGACAACACACAAGCCAUCCAAGCUUGUGCGCCUUGGCAAAGCCCGCCAGGUGACGCACCUUGCCGUUUCUCCCGACGGCGCAUGGCUCGUUGCACUCGGCGCCACCAAAGUCCACGUCCUCUCUCUUCACGAUACCACCGCGGGUUUUGUCAAGUAUGCCGCGGAAUCACAGCUUACUGCGCUCGCAUUUCAUCCCGAUACCAGCAUGCCGCGAUUUGCGACGGGCGAGAAGAACGGCAAGAUCCGUAUUUGGUACUGCCUCGACCCCGGCCAGCGCCGAGACGCGGCCAAAGAGCUGCAGGCCGCAUCGCCCACCACGACCUUGCACUGGCACGCACACGCAGUGGCUGCCUUGGAGUAUACGCCGGAUGGCGCACAGCUUCUCUCGGGCGGCGAAGAAGGCGUUCUGGUCCUCUGGAGGCUGCACAGCGGCAACGUUGCCGGCAAUGACGACCGCGAGUACGUGCCGCGCCUCGGCGCGGGCAUCGUCGCCCUUGCCGUCGCGCCCGGAUUUGAGCAGCGGGAGCAAGCGUACGUCGUGCGGCUUGCAGAUAGCAGCGUCGUCUUUAUCGCGAGCCUGAGCCUCAAGCCUGUGCACACCUUUGCACCGAUCAAGUGCGAUGCGACGCGCGCGCUUCUCACGCAAGAACAGCGCGCAGCGCUGCCGCACCCUCUUGCGCUGGACCGCGCUGCCGGCCAUCUUGUCACUACCGCCGGCCACCCAUCGACACUGCAAUUCAUUGACCACAAGACACACGAGCAUAUCCGGGACGUUGAGAUUGUCCCUUCGAACCGCAUCUCGCGCCCCGAAGACGAGGCUCUCGCGCCGCCACGCGUCUUGCACGUCGCACUCAGUGGCCCGAUGCCCAAUGCAGCGCACGCCGAAUGGAUGGCGACGAUCGAUGGUCGCGACAAUGGCGCGUUCACCGGCGAGCUCUUGCUCAAGUUUUGGCACUGGGACGCGCAAAAGCGCACGUUUCUGCUCAACACACGCAUUGACUAUCCACACGAGCACCGUGUGACUGCUAUGUGCUUUUCGCCGUGCCUCGGCACCGACGCACAGGGUGCCUUCUUGCUCCUUACCGCGGGAACGGACGGGCAAGUGAAGACGUGGCGUAUGGCGCAGCGUGCUCUUAAAGGCGCGCGCGCUGAGACGUACUGGGUAUGCCGCAGCUCAUUUGCCUACCGCGACACUGUACCGCACGAUGUAACAUGGGCGCCUGACGGAUCUCUGUUUGCCGUAGCGCAAGGCGUGUUUGUCACGCUCUGGGACCCGCAUACCCUAAUUAUGCAGGCGCGUCUUGCCGCGCCGGAGCUGCGCUCUGUACGCAAGAGCGUGUUUGUGGGCCGCAAGGGACGCUUCCUUGCCUCGCUUGGGAGUAAUCACCGCAUGGUCGUCUGGGAUUUGGUCGCGCAACGAGUCGUGUACAGCGCGCUGCAGCGGGCCGACGAUCUAGUUGCAUUCCGCGACGGUGUUUUGGCGAUGGAGCGCGACCAAGGCAUGUCGUACUUACGCUUUAUUCGGCCCCACGCUGCGGUGCCGCACGAGGCGACGUACCGCAUCGCGAUGCCUCUGCGCAGUGCCCCGCUCGUGCUCGACGCAGAUGCAGCUGCGUGGGUGGCAUGGAGCGAUGCGGGUGCGUUGAUUGGCGCAAGGUUACUUGCUCCUAGCCGCUCGCUGCAUGGAGUGCAGCUCACCGCCCCGCGCGCGACGCUCUUUGACGAGCUGUUUGGCGUGGAUGAAGAGGAGCAAAAACGUGUGGACAAGCUGCUGCUACAAGACAGGGCAAAGUUGAGCGUGCAGGACGACAAGGUGGCCGAUGCACUUGCCCUCUUUGAAACGCCCGCGCAUUUGCUGCCCCCAAUGUCGAUGCUCCUGGAUCCGUUUUUGGAUGCACUGCUGCCCAAGGCUGAGAAGCGCGCGCCGUCGCCGGUCAGGGUGGUUGCAGCCGUCGAAGAGCCAGUGCAGGCGCCCACUACCUUGUCUACCUUGGACCGUAUUGCACAUGUACGCAACGCCGACAUGGCGCACCUUGCCUCGGCGUUCGAUACCGUGCUGGGCGCACAGCCGCCGUCUCUGCGUACGUCGAAAACCAAGCGGCGGACGCAAAAGGGUAUGUAA